AUGCAGACACCACCACCACCACCGCCGCCACCACCACUGCCGCCCCUGCCAGAGACAAACAGCUCGUUGAAGGUAACAACCCCGUUUAUAACCCAACCUGGAUCUCCUCCCAAGGACUUCGUCGGGGAAGUGCGGUUGGACCUGGAGCUCAGCGCCCGCUGUGCAGACUCGUCCGUUGUAGUCCUACUGCAUCCUGGGUGCGAUCCCUCGCCAUCCUUCCCGGCUGUCAUCCUCCAAACCGAUCCCAUCUCCGGCAAUGCCACAGUGGUCUAUGGGUGGAGCUCAGACGGGCAGGAAUCCUGGACAAGAGCAACCUUGGUGCCGAUAGCAGGAGCCACAGCUUACGACUGCUUGCAGGAGGAGUGGCAGCCAGACGGCGAGCGAGGGCGGGGCUACGACUUCCUGCCGACCUGUCCGGGAUUCCCUUGCGUCACAGGCUGCUUGGUUUCGUCACCGGAGGCCUGUGAUGGGCGAACCCGUCUAGAGCAGGGUGAGAACUGCAGUGUGCCCUGCGAAAAGGAAGGCUUGGUGAACCUCACAUGCGAUGGCCUUGCCUGGCCCGAGCUCCGCAGCACUGUCUGCACGGCCGAAGUCAUCUUUUGCGACGAGCUGAAUGGCACUUCACCGGAGGUGCCCUGUGAAAGCCGCCGCUUGGAGGAAGCAGCCGGCAUUUUACGAUACUGGGAGUUCCCCUUGCUGAA